AUGGCCAUCUUUGCGGGCCUCCUCGACUUCCUCGGCCUCAACGCCGUCGGAGCUCCCCCCUUUUCGCCAGCCAGUUUCUACUCGCUCGUCCUCUUCAGCUUCAAGACCUGGCCCUUCCUCUCGCCCCUCCUCUCCAAGAUCAACGCCCCCCACGGCCGCUUCAGCUUCGACAGCAUCCUCAACGUCAACGGAAACCUGGCCUGGUUCCUCAUGGAGAUCCCCAGCCCCCUCAUGUUCCUCGCCGCCGUAUCCUCGCCCCCGCUCUCUCACGAGGUCAGGAUCGCCACCGACUCGACUUGGCCCUCGCUCCCGUCCCUGCUCUCGCCCUCGCUGCGCGGCUUCCUCUCGCUCCCCUCGGCCAACCAGGUCCUCGCCCUCCUCUACCUCACCCACUACCUCCACCGUGCCGUCCUCUCGCCCCUCCGCUCGCCCCGCCGCUCCGCCAUGCACAUCUCGGUGCCCCUCUUUGCCAUCGUAUUCAACCUCAUCAACGGCUUCCUCAUGGGCAGCUGGAUCGGCGGACGUAGCCCUUGGUCCGCCCUGCCCACCGCGGCCAGCGCCUCGGCCGUCGCCGCAGCAUCGCACCUCCCCGACGCCGUCACCAGGAGCGCCCUCUUCUCCAAGCUCAGCGGCUCGCUCGCAAAGCCACAGGCGCUCGACGGACUCGCCUUUUCUGCCCCAGGACUGAUCCCGUCGAGCGUGUGGAGCAGCCCCCUGUGGUACCUCGGCCUGGCGGGCUGGGCCAUCGGCUUCGCAAGCAACGUGUGGCACGACGAGAUCCUCCUCAACCUGCGCAGGCCCAAGGCAGGAGACAAGCAGGAAAAGGGCGACGAGAAGGCGGGCAAGCCAAAGUACGAGGUGCCUUACGGAGGCCUCUACCGCUUCAUCAGCUAUCCGAAUUACGCGAGCGAGUGGUUCGAGUGGUUCAGCUACUCGCUGGCGGCCAUCCACGCGCUGCCUCUCUUUUCGACGGCGUCGCUCUCGACGGCGGCCGGGCUCAAGGACCUUGUCGCGACGCUCACCUCGAUCCCGCCGUUCCUUUUCGCGCUGGUCGAGGUGAGCGUGAUGCUGCCCCGCGCCGUCAACGGCCACAAGUGGUACCAGAAGACGUUUGGCGAGCGGUACCCGCGCGAGCGCAAGGCUGUCAUCGCCUUCGUCCUUUAG